AUGAGGAUAAUAUGUGUACUAAUAUUUGUAGAGAUAAUUACUUGUUUUAAUACCAAUUCCAUAGAUUAUAAACUGGCAAGAUUUAGAGUUUAUUCUAAGAACCCACCCUAUGAUAAGAAACGCAGGGAACAGAGAAGGUCAAAGAGGCUAAAACAGGUUCUGCCUGCGGAAAACAUAGCACUUGAAAUGAAGAAUCAAGCUAUGAUUUCAAGAGCCCUAGUAAUGCAAAACCAAAUUUUUGGUCCAAGACUGUCUCAAGUACCUGGAGAUGGAGGUAAAAUCCCAGACCUCGAGGAAUCUAGAGAUAAAUACACCCAUGUCAAAAAUUAUUAUUCUUCUUAUUACAAUACGUAUAUUGACAAAAACGCUCCUAGCACUGUAAACAAAUUUAACACUACCACUAAUACUGUUAAUGAUCUUGUUAAUGCUGGUAAUACGACUAUGGCUACUUCUGUGGAUACUGCUGAUACUAAUGAUAAUGAUGUAAAGAAGGAUAAUUACGGAGAAUUUUUUAAUAACGAGGCGGAAACUAUAAAUAAAAUAUUAAAAGACCCAAAUGCGACAUUUGGUGAAUUUGAGGGUCAGAAACCCGCUGUAAAAAGACCUUUUUAUAAGGAAUUUGAAGGGUUCCACCCAGAUAGUAGUUAUAUUCGUGCGACUAUGAAAAGAAGUAUUGCGGCUUACAAAGACGAUAUUGAAGAAGACUAUGAAGGUACGCAGUCCUAUUGCGGACUGAAGUACGAGACAUUACUCAGCCAUUUGACCCCUGAGAACAUGGAACUGGUAAGACAAAUGGAAAUCGAAGUAAAGCAAGGCGAACUCAGCCCUGAUAAUCCCAUUUUAGAUUUAGAUAUCGAUACGAAUGAUGAAAUGGAUGAUGAAUUUUAUCUAAACCAAUGA